AAUUUUCCAUUCCAAUACCACUCAGGUCACCAACAUUUACUUGUAGCACGCAAGCGAUUUCCUCGGAUAAUCAGACUGGAGUUGGCUGGUCCAAGACUUGUCGCGUUACACAAGUCCUUGACGUUAUGAUGUCAUCCGUUUGAACCAUCCUUGCGGGAGUAUAAAGGAGGGGAAAGUUCUUUUGCCAACUUAACAAUACUUCGUCCCUUCUAUCACACAAUCAAAAUGUCAGCACGUUCAGGAGCUAUGAUGUCCAACGUUGGGAAUCCUCAGGUAUACGAAGCGAAUGAGCAAAGAACGUCAAAACAAACAGACAAGAACCCGAAAAAGAAGUAUGAUGAGGGACAGGAACACGCACACCAGGAUCUUGACUCCAAAGACGAACGGAGCAUAGGCAACAGACUCGCCGCUGCCCUCAAGCACUCACGUAGCGAAGAAUCAAUGAACCCCUUCGCGGAUCCUAACGUCAAUCCUCUUGGACCAGCCAUUUCUCAUGGAAACGAGCCAUCAAAAGGAGCCAAGGUGGAUGCAGAACUCAAAGCCGAGGAAGAGGAAUUAUUGAGGCGGAAGGGGAAGGCAUGAUUGUGUAUGAGCCGAGCAUAUCCAGAGCUAAUUUUGCUGGGCGUGUUGUACUGCAUUUGUACGCUAUAGUCAGGACUAGAAUCUGCCGUCUGAACGGGCAUUUGAGAAACCGCAAAUUGUUGCA